CGCUCUGGCAGUCGGGCUCCGGCCUCCGGGCCGCGGAGCGGAGGAGCAGCCCCACGAGGCCCGGGCGGCUCUGGCCCGGUCGCCUCCUGGCCCGGGGUCGCCCCUUUUCCCCGCGCGGCGCCCCAGAGCCGGGUCAGCGCUGAGCAGGGGCGCGGGGGCCCGAGGCCGGCCUGCGCCCCAGGAGGCCCAAGACGGGGAUCCGAAGCUCGGGACCCUCCCACGAGUAGAGUGAAGGAGAGGCCAGUGACGGAAGGCCUCCCGGCAGCCGUGUAGCUCUGGCGGGGAGCGAGGAGGCCUCACUAACGCGGGGACUGUCAGACUUGGCUCCCGCGCCCUGCAGAGUUGACCGGCUCUGCGGUGUCGGCGCCGGCGCCUCGAGUUGUCUGAAGACGUUUCCGCUUCUUCGGGGGGUCCCUCUUCUGAAAUGAUAGGCUCUGUCUGUAGGAGGGGCAAUGGUGUCCGAGAUGGGGCUGCGUGUGUUAGACCAAGGGGUUUUCCGAAGUCACGGGAGUCAUGCAGAGGGACCUGGAGUUCUGCCACUCGAGAGCAAAGAGGACAGUGCAGAGACGAUGCAGGCUCAGCCCAUGCCCCAAGCUGAGCUGCUGGUCCUGGACAGAUGACCUGUCGAACUGUGGACUUGCUUGGGAAAGUUUAGGGGAACAACACGAAGGAAACAUUGCGAACUGCGGUUCCACAAGGCAGCAGUUCCAGCAGCCCCCUGCUGUUUCUGGUUCCCUCCCCGCACCCCCGCGGUUUGCUUGAUGAGCUGGGCAUGGCCAUUGGAAGGAAGCUGGAUCUCAAGGUGCCCGAGCUUGGUGUGAACUGGGGAAGGGAAGGGUAGCCUUUUGUUCCCUCAGAUGGACACUGCAGAGAAGGGGGCACACCUUGGUCUUUGUAGGGCUCUGCCUGAAUCUGGCAGAGUACAAGGAACUUGUGGAAAUGGAGCGCUCCUGUGUGGUGGAGGGGCCCUCCAUGAGUGAGUUGAGCACCACACACCGACUCCCACAGCCCUGAUCCGACCUGGGCAAUACCAGCUGGAGAAGUGUGAGUUCACUCAGGUUCAGAUUCCAUUUGGGGGGAACAUGAUUUCUCCUCAAAGGACUCAUGGCAGCCCAGCCCCCUGUCACUUCAUCAGGUCUUCUGACCUUGCCAGAAAGCUGGACAGGGCGUAUGAACAUGACCUUUUCAAAGAGGAGGAAGAGAGUUUGCAAACCACAGACCAGAGAACUCAACAUCAGUCCUGGGAAAUAAAUAUUCAUGACAUAUGAGUCACGAGCACCUAUCUGUGAGCUCUCUGAAGAGGAGGCACCGAUGACGAAGACCACGUCAUGAUCCUAUCACAUAGGACAGCAUGCACCUUAAGAUCCUGAAGAAAAGGCACAAAAUGUCCAAGUGAUGUUUAGAAAUAAUCCGUGAGGGCGUGUCGGGGAAAUCAUGCAGCCAUCAGGACACAGGCUCCGGGACGUUGAGCAUCAUCCUCUGCUGGCUGAAAAUGACAAUUAUGACUCCUCGUCCUCCUGCUCUGAGACGGACAUGGCCGACAGGGUGUGGUUCAUCCGUGACGGCUGCGGCAUGGUCUGCGCCGUCAUGACCUGGCUCCUGGUCGUCUACGCGGACUUCGUGGUGACGUUUGUCAUGCUGCUUCCUUCCAAAGACUUCUGGUACUCUGUGGUGAACGGAGUCCUUUUCAACUGCUUGGCGGUUCUUGCCUUGUCCUCGCACCUGAGAACCAUGCUCACUGACCCUGGGGCAGUGCCCAAAGGAAACGCUACAAAAGAGUACCUGGAGAGCUUGCAGCUGAAGCCCGGGGAGGUGAUCUACAAGUGCCCCAAGUGCUGCUGCAUCAAGCCGGAGCGUGCCCACCACUGCAGUAUCUGCAAAAGAUGUAUUCGGAAAAUGGACCAUCACUGCCCAUGGGUGAACAACUGUGUGGGAGAGAAGAAUCAGAGAUUUUUUGUACUCUUCACUAUGUACAUAGCGUUGUCUUCAGUCCAUGCUCUGAUUCUCUGUGGGCUGCAGUUCAUCUCCUGCGUCCGAGGGCAGUGGACAGAGUGCAGUGACUUCUCCCCUCCGAUAACCGUGAUCCUGUUGAUCUUCCUGUGCCUUGAGGGUCUGCUGUUCUUCACUUUCACUGCGGUCAUGUUCGGCACCCAGAUCCACUCGAUAUGCAACGACGAGACGGAGAUCGAGAGACUGAAGAGCGAGAAGCCCACAUGGGAGCGAAGGCUGCGGUGGGAGGGGAUGAAAUCCGUCUUUGGGGGUCCACCCUCGCUGCUAUGGAUGAACCCCUUUGUCGGCUUCCGAUUCAGGCGACUGCAGCUGAGACCCAGGAGAGGAGGCCCGGAGUUCUCGGUGUGAGGCCUCUCAUCGGGCUGGGACUUGUCCUUGGACUCUCGGUUGCCGGCUUGGAUCUGAACAGGCCUCAGCCUCCAGAUGGCAUCGGCAACCAGCGGGCGAGUGUGGCCUGCAGCCAGCAGCCUCGCGGCCACGCGAUGGGCUCUCCCCAGCCCUCAUCUGAAGGGCACGCGGCCACUUGGGGCGCGGGGUCGUCUCCUCCCUGCAGUGGCAUCUCUUAGGGACAUUUGGGUGCUGCGUGGCCUGUGCGCUCCAGUGGCAUGUGUCCGCAGAGACCCAUGGCCUCCGUGAGCUCUGAUGCUUUGCAGUGACAUGGUAGAAGUUCAGUGCACUGGACGACAAAGGCAGCUUCCAGAACCUUCCUGCUGCCCCAGAAGAAGCACCCUUGACUCUUGCUGCAAGUCUGUGUGCGCCCGUCUGUGUGUCUGUGUGCGCGUGUGCAUGUGUGUCAAACUGGCGUGUUGUGUAAUGGCUGUGUACAGCAGACGAGCGAGUUUUCAGAAGCCGAAGUUUCAGGGAAGAGGGGCGAGCUGCGGCGGGGCCCCUGCCAGGAGUCAUGAAUGUACUGCAGGCCGGAGAGUAUCUUGAUCCAAAGAACAGUCAUUCCUGUGUGGCCCUUGUCGCCCUCCGUUUUGAUUUUACUUUAAAAAUCUUGAGGACUUGGAACUGAUCUUUUGUUGUUCCAGGCAAAAUAGCGAUGUGCACCUGGCUCAGUAAGAGGCAGGUGGCCUCAACCACAGCCGUUCGGGUGAGGUGCACCCUGGGCGCAUCGACGCGGGGCCGCCUUCGGCCCUGGGGCAGGCGCGUUCUCCAUGCAGGCAGCCCUGAUGCCCGAGUUGGAGGGCACCACCAAGUGGCUUUGGUUUUUAUGUUUGUUUCUCUACCCACAGCACAGGUGAUAAAAUUGGACCCUUGGUGCGAGCUCAAAACUAUGCCAGAAAGAACAGCUCCCCUCCUGGGGACUUGCCUUAAACUCAACUGGGUUGUAGUGCUGCCCGCCCCCAGGGAGCAGCGGAGGGAGCCCGAGGCCGCCGAGCUGGGAAGGCGGUGUUCCCACCCCCCAGCCCCCGGCCACUGCGCCUGACCUCCCCAGGCUUCUGCUGCUGCAGAGGCACACCAGAGGGGCCUGCAGAGCCCGUCCUAGCCAUGUGACAGAUCAUGGGACUAGAGUCACUGCAGAGGCGUGAACUGGCACAGCCAGGGGGCGGCACAGCAGGGGUGACCCAGGACAGUGAGCUGCAAAGAUUGUUUUGCACCUUCACUGCGCAUCUGUGUCUGGGCCGGACGCUGUGGGGCUCUGCGGGAGGCUAAACGUGCGCUUCCUGAUCAUCAGUCAUUGUCAGGCGGUUGGACGCCGUGAGACCGGGCAGGUAUGUGCAAAUCAAGUAUACUUGACCUCUACCCUCCUUUCAGUGUGACUUUUAUAUGAAAUAAAGUAACCAAGCGACCGUUCUCAGA